AUGCAAGUCCUCCUCGGGUUCCGCCUUGUGCUUGGAUUCUCCCCUCAAGUUGUCGAUCGAAGUUUUCGACAAGCCCGCUUGCAAGCCUUUCUUGUCAUUCCACAGGAUUCUUCGAAUCAAGAACCUGAUGAUAUGCCCAUGAUAUCCGAGCACUUCCACCCAGUUCUCUCUCUCCAUGACGAACAUUUUGAGUCCGUUACCGACGAAUUUCUCGGCGAUGGCAGUGGUGGUGGAUUUUGGAAGGAAGAUAAAAUAUGCCCGGAGCUGUGCGGCGAUCCAGAGGCUGCACUCGCCAACCGUGUAGUCGUAUUGAGGAAUUGUUCUGCGAGUCAUCGUGGGGGUCCAGUUGGGAUCCUUUUUCGGAUUGUCUCGCUCGCAGCUAUUGACGACUGUAGCGUUCUUGUGUUUCAUUCAGCUGCAUACAUUCGCGAAGCAAUUGACAAAGCGGAUUUAGCAAUUGGUUAUGAAGUUGCCUUUAUGACUAGUAUAGAUGCUCCCGAAAGUAAUGAUAAAGCCAAUCCUUGUUGGAUAAAAGCCUUGCCCAGGACCCUUAAAUUCAUCGAGCUGAGGGAAGGAAGCUGA